AUGAUUGGCCAACGGUUUACAAGUCGCGUCACAAAGCGUGCAUUCAUUCCGCUCCCCACGAAGUCGUCGAUGAAGAAAGAUGUCCGAACUACAUUCCCCAACACUACUAUCCAGCAAGACCGGGCGAGACUUGGCAAUAACUACCAGUUGCUAGCGAAGAUCGGUUGGGGCACGAGUUCGACCGUAUGGCUAGCGCGAGAUAUUACAAGAUAUCGAUGGCAGUCCGAGCGAACAGUUGCUUUGAAGAUUUCGAAUAGCUGUGACGCUAAAUCUGCGAUUGACCUUCUUGGUAUCGAGGAGACUGUUGCCCAAAAGAACCCUUCACAUCUGGGCUAUCAUAUUACACGCAGCUGCCUAGAAAGCUUUGAGCUUAAGACAUCGGACAAACCGCAUCUUUACCUUAUAUAUGAGGCAAUGCGAGAGCCAAUGUCAAUGUUUCAAAAACGCUUUAAGAACCGAAUAAUUCCUCUCCCGAUUGUAAAGGCAUAUAUUCAAUUACUUCUUAUUAGGCUGCAGUAUUUGCACGCCGAGUGCAGAAUCGUUCAUACUGAAGCUAUCCUAAGGUUCAUUCAAGAACAAGUCACCAAGCUCCCUAUAUACUAUAAGACUAAUCCAAUAACCAAUCACACCAUAUACCAAAGCUAUCACGGUUUCGGGGCAAUAGACGUUGAGGACGUCGGGAAUAUACUUCCGAGAAUAACCGAUUUCGGCUCAGUAUGGCAAUUCGUUGUUAACCCAGAAACGAAGUCACAAAACGAAGCCGUGCUUACGUAUCCUAUACAACCGAAUUACUACCGUGCGCCGGAGGUUGUCCUUGGCUAUGGAUGGGAUUUCAGCGCAGAUAUAUGGAACUUUGGUGUCCUUGUUUGGAACAUUAUCGAAGGAACGGAGCUGUUUACUCAGGUUGAAGAUGCUAACGGUCGAUAUGAUGCCAAAUCACAUCUGGCAGAAAUGAUCGCUCUGCUUGGUCCACCACCUAAGGGGGUAAUUGAGCGAGCAGACCAUAUGUCACAGGUAGACUACCCUACACCAAUUAGGAUUGAGGCGGGAAAGCUGUCCAAGAAUGCCCGGGAGCUCUUUGGUGGUCCUUACUUCGAUGAAGAAGGGAAAUUCCUUCACGAGGAACUCAUACCAAGUAGGAAACUGAAGGAUACAAUCCUAUCUCUUGAUGACUCGGAAAGGGAGCUUUUCUUGUCAUUUGCUAGGGAUAUGCUCACGUGGAUUCCAUCGGAGAGAAAAACUGCUCGUGAGCUGAUAGAGCAUCCAUUCCUCAAUUUCGGUGGACAUGUUUCUAAAGAUGUCUUGGAAGGGCGCUCCUAG